AUCAUGCAAAUCCAGCCACAUGAUAUGUCACACAGCUGAACGCAAAUCUUCCAACCAGACACAACCAAUAAUCCAAUAUCAGUCCCAUGAUAAGCAAGCAGUAGAACCGUCAACAUUGAAUCCUUCUUUGUCCAUAUUUGCCCAUGUUUCCAUGCACGUGAAUAAUUUUCUGCGUCUGAAACCAAACCCAAAAUUCAACAUACAAGCCCCCCUCCAUUCUGUUCCAUUCCAUUCCCAUCCCACAAGUCACUCUUACACUUACUCGCACUAACAACCACCCACCUUUCGCCGCCGGCAUGUUCGCCGGAGGAAUUUUCCGGUACGGUUCUCCCACUACUCUGUUAUUCCUCUGUCUCGUUGCUUCCACCCUCUCAGAUGAACUUCAACUACUCAUGAAGUUCAAGUCCUCUAUACAAAGUUCCAACGCUAAUGUUUUCAGUUCAUGGACACAAGCAAAUUCUCCCUGCCAAUUCACCGGGAUUGUAUGCAACUCCAAAGGCUUUGUUUCAGAAAUCAACCUUGCGGAGCAACAACUAAAGGGUACUGUUCCUUUUGAUUCACUUUGCGAGCUUCAAUCGCUUGAGAAGAUAUCUUUGGGGUCCAACGUCUACUUGCAUGGCAGCAUCAGUGAGGAUUUGAGGAAGUGCACCAACUUGAAGCAGCUGGACUUGGGUAAUAAUUCAUUCACUGGUGAAGUUCCUGAUCUGUCAAGUUUGCACAAGUUGGAGUUGUUGAGUUUAAACUCCAGUGGAAUUUCUGGGGCGUUUCCAUGGAAAUCAUUGGAAAAUCUAACUAGUCUCGAGUUUCUGAGUCUUGGAGAUAACCUGUUGGAGAAAACUCCUUUCCCUUUGGAGGUCUUAAAGCUUGAAAAUUUGUAUUGGCUUUACCUCACGAAUUGCAGCAUCACUGGGAAUAUUCCUUUGGGGAUUGGGAAUUUAACUCGGCUUCAGAAUCUUGAGCUUUCUGACAACCAUUUGUCUGGUGAGAUUCCACCUGAUAUUGUGAAGCUUCAGAGGCUGUGGCAGCUUGAGUUGUAUGAUAACUAUUUGAGUGGGAAAAUCGCUGUUGGAUUUGGCAACCUUACUAGUCUUGUUAACUUUGAUGCUUCUUAUAAUCAGCUUGAAGGCGAUCUUUCUGAGCUAAGGUCCUUGACAAAACUUGCAUCCCUUCAUCUUUUUGGGAACAAGUUCUCUGGAGAAAUUCCAAAAGAGAUUGGAGAUCUCAAGAAUCUCACAGAACUUUCUCUUUAUGGUAACAAUUUCACUGGCCCUCUUCCUCAAAAGCUUGGCUCGUGGGUUGGCAUGCAGUACCUUGAUGUUUCAGACAAUUCUUUUUCUGGUCCUAUACCACCUCACCUAUGCAAGCACAACCAAAUCGAUGAACUAGCACUGUUGAACAACAGCUUCAGUGGAACUAUACCAGAAACAUAUGCAAACUGCACAUCUUUGGCUCGAUUUCGCCUGAGCAGGAAUUCACUUUCUGGUGUUGUUCCUUCAGGCAUAUGGGGCUUGGCAAAUUUGAAACUAUUUGAUCUUGCAAUGAACCAGUUUGAAGGUCCAGUGACAACUGAUAUUGCCAAAGCAAAAUCUCUGGCUCAACUGCUGUUAUCUUACAAUAAGUUCUCAGGUGAGUUGCCAUUGGAAAUCUCAGAAGCUUCUUCACUGGUGUCAAUUCAACUAAGUUCAAAUCAAUUUUCUGGUCACAUUCCAGAAACCAUUGGCAAGUUGAAGAAACUAACUAGUCUAACUUUGAAUGGGAACAAUCUUUCUGGUAUUGUACCAGAUUCCAUUGGUUCUUGUACUUCUCUUAAUGAGAUAAACCUUGCUGGUAACUCUCUUUCUGGGGCUAUACCAGCUAGCGUUGGUUCUCUUCCAACCCUCAAUUCAUUGAACUUGUCCUCAAACAGGCUUUCUGGUGAAAUUCCAUCUAGUCUAUCAUCUCUCAGACUUAGCCUUCUUGACUUAUCAAACAACCAGUUGUUUGGUUCCAUACCAGAACCACUGGCUAUUUCAGCCUUCAGAGAUGGGUUCACGGGAAACCCUGGUUUAUGCAGCAAGGCUUUAAAAGGUUUCAGACCAUGUUCAAUGGAAUCUAGCAGCUCUAAGCGAUUCAGAAACCUAUUAGUCUGUUUCAUUGCUGUUGUAAUGGUUCUGCUUGGAGCAUGUUUCCUCUUCACAAAACUAAGGCAGAACAAGUUUGAGAAGCAACUGAAGACUACUUCAUGGAAUGUCAAGCAGUACCAUGUGCUAAGAUUCAAUGAGAAUGAAAUAGUUGAUGGGAUCAAGGCUGAGAAUUUGAUUGGAAAAGGAGGAUCCGGGAAUGUUUAUAGGGUUGUGCUUAAAAGUGGGGCAGAAUUUGCAGUGAAACAUAUAUGGACUUCAAAUCUAAGUGAGAGGGGAAGUUGUAGGAGCACCUCAUCUAUGCUAAGAAGGAGUUCAAGGUCACCUGAAUUUGAUGCAGAAGUGGCCACUCUUAGCUCAAUAAGGCAUGUGAAUGUGGUGAAGCUCUAUUGUAGCAUCACAAGUGAAGAUAGCAGUUUGCUUGUUUAUGAGUUUUUACCAAAUGGGAGCUUGUGGGACAGGUUACACACGUGUAAGAAUAAGUCUGAGAUGGGGUGGGAGGUUAGGUAUGACAUUGCUUUGGGUGCUGCUAGAGGAUUGGAGUACCUGCACCAUGGGUGUGAUAGACCUGUUAUACAUAGGGAUGUCAAAUCCAGUAACAUAUUGCUGGAUGAGGAAUGGAAGCCAAGGAUUGCUGAUUUUGGCCUUGCAAAGAUUCUUCAGGGAGGAGCAGGCAAUUGGACCAAUGUCAUUGCUGGAACAGUUGGAUACAUGCCUCCUGAGUAUGCCUACACUUGUAGGGUGACAGAGAAGAGUGAUGUUUACAGCUUUGGGGUAGUGCUGAUGGAGUUGGUAACGGGGAAGAGGCCUAUGGAGCCAGAGUUUGGAGAGAAUCAUGAUAUUGUGUAUUGGGUAUGCAACAAUAUUAGGAGCAGAGAAGAUGCUCUUGAAUUGGUGGAUCCUACCAUUGCAAAGCAUGUCAAAGAGGAUGCCAUGAAGGUGUUGAAAAUCGCAACACUGUGCACCGGGAAAAUUCCAGCUUCAAGACCCUCAAUGAGAAUGUUGGUUCAAAUGCUGGAAGAGGCAGAUCCAUUUACCACAACCAAAAUGAUUGUGACCAUUGAUGCUUAAAUAAGUUGCUCCAAAGAAGGACAAUUUUUCUCUCAACUGCAGACUUUUGAGUUUUCCACUUUGGUAAUUAAGCAGCUCAAAAAGUGAGGCUGAGAAGGGGUGAUAAAUACUAGUAAAUAUGAAAACAUGCCUUGGUCUUGGGUUCAAUUCCGUGCAAUUUUGUCAAUGCAGUAACCUCUACUUGAAACUUGAAAGAUGUCUUGCAGUGAGAAUGGGAUUACCUCCCAUUACCUGAAUUUUUUGUUAAAAAAUAAAAAUGCUCACGUGUGAUUAUGAACCAUCUGCUAGUGAUAAACCAAAAGAGUAUUAACUUGUAUGUUGUAGGUUUGCAGCACGUGUAGUAGUAAUGAAAUUUUCCUUCAAAUAGAAUUGUAUUUUCUCUCGGAUUAGCUUGUAGUUUUGUACCAUGGGUACGCAAAUCAAUGAAACGCUGCUAUUUAUAAUAUAAUGAUCUAUGAUUA